UCAGCUGUAUGCCACGUACAGCUUGACGUCGACAAGCGGGCAAACUUCCUGAUGUGAAGCUGGAAUUCUGUGUUUGCCAGCCCGGGUAACAGAUUUUGGCAGACACGGUCUUGCCAGAACCACCGACACCACAGCGGGAUCAAGACGUUCAUUUACAGGUGGAAUACAUAUACUUUUCUUUUUUGAUAUUCCUAAUAUUUAUGUUGACAACAUAAAUCAGAUUCUAAACGCUAGCUAGCUUGCUAACACAGCAGCUAACGUUAGCAUUUCUAGCUAACGAUUGAUGCUGGCAUCGGGUUUGUUGUUUUUAUAGCCUUAUUUGUUUGGUGGAAAUGUAAUGAAAUUGUAUAGCUACAUGAUGAUAGAAAUGCAAUGAAAUGGUGUGUUUGUUAAAUUAAGUCCAUGAACAUGCAUUCUUUGACGCCGGUAAGAAUGCUAAGUUUGGAUAAAUAUUUUGCAGGAAGUCAACAUUAUAACCGUGAAUGGGAGUUUUCAAUUGGUCUGUAUUUGGCAGGGUUCUAUAUCCUGUCAGUGACACAGGACAAUGGCCUAGUUAUGUGUAUGAUCCAAAUUGGCUUGCAUGCCAGUUACAUUCCUUUCGAGACCUCUAGUAACGAUACAGUUAGUUAACUAUCUAGGUUAGCAAUAUAGCCAGUACAACUGAUUUGAGUUAGCUAGUUUAUUGACAUCACAACGAACUGUCAAAUUAGCAAGCUAACUAUCAUGAAUCACUGCCAAGAAGACAAGAAGCUGCAAUCUUGAACCUCGCCCUUUCAUUAACUAGUAACUGAAUUACUUAUGUACAAGCCAAGCCUUGUUAUGUUGUCCUAGUUAGCAUAAUAUAACUAUUAGCUAGCUAAGUAAAAUUGUUGAUAAUCUUAGCUAACCUUGUUUGACACACACUUUUGUUGGUAAUUAAUUUAGCUAGCUAGCUAGGUACUGUUAGCUAACUAGUUUGCUAGCCACUGCUGGCCAGACCAACAAGUUUUUGCAGUUCACGUGAUUGAAACUAUUGUAACUAUUUGCUUGAUAUGCCUAUUUUAGUGUGGACUGGAUAGGGAAGAGAUUGUUAAUCUUAAUCUAAUCAGUUAAUCUGAUUAGCUAGCUAGUCUCUAUUUUAUUCUAAUGGCAUUCAGUAGUGUGUAAUGAUCCACUCAACACAUUCUGGUAACUCCCUCUUUCAAUGAAAGUUACAGUACUAGGCCUAUAGGCCAAAGUCUCGUUGGGGAGCUGCAUAAGAAUCAGACCGACAGCUCAGCCUGUCGUAUUUUAACCUUUGGAAGCAGAGUGGAACUGUAAACUAUAUAGUAGCUCUUGAGCAGUGUCGUAAAGGGCAGUGACGUGUUGUAUGCCAUACAAAGGUAAAGAUGAGUGAAUCCAAGGUUGAUAGAUUCAUGAUAACACCAUUCUUCCAUGGUCCAAGCACUUUGACCGUAUCUGAAGGAUUUUUUUAAAUGUGACGAUGCAUAUGUUUUUCAGUGGUUGUUUGUGGCUUACUAAUCAUCUAUAUGACUGUAGUCCUUUAGUGUAGACUGUAGAGUGGUUUAUUUGCAUCAUAGGCCGCCUGUUAUUGUUAUGCCCUCCGUCUCUUUCUUUAACCCUAAAAGCGGCAACAUAUUCUUUGCUUAAAUGCCCCAACGGGGGUCAUUUCUUACCCCAAAUUGGUAAUGAUUGAAAAGACAAUCUGUCAAGCAGUAACACUUUUUGUUUUACAUUUUAUUAACCUUUUGUAACACAAGUAAAUGGUUUGAAUUCCCCCAAAAUAAGCACAUAUGUUUUUUUUAUGUUCACACAUUUAUAGUAAGGAUGGGCUUACUAUAUACCGGUAUUGAUGCACAGAUGCAGUACUAGUGACAAAAGCACCCUAGAAAUCGGCACCAUGCCUCUUGUGGCGAAAGUAAGAACUGCCAUUGAAUCCAUUGAAAAUACAUGGUCACUAAUCAGGUUUCCUUCCAACCUUUUCAUGCGAGUAAAGUACAUCUCGGAUAAAAAAAAAGUAAUGAAAGGCCUGAUGGAAACAGAACAUUUCCCGGUAAACUUUCCAAAUGUUGACUAAACAAAAUACGCUAGACUAGGUGGAAUCUUUUUGUGUCUGUAAAAUGAAUUAUCAGAGAAAUGUCGGUCGAAAUGCUUUAAUUAGCAAAUAUUGAUAUAAUCAUAUCGAAGUAAACUUGGAGUCACGCGAUGGCAUGCUGUCUGGUCCUCCUACGACUCGUCGGGAAAGCAUGCAGUUUAUAAGGCUACAGCUAAAAUAAAUUAUGAUGAAUUUCACAGGGUGGUGAAAGUGCAAGGUGAUGAACUUGAUGCUCCUUUCCAAUAAAUAUUGAGUGUAUUAUUCUGCUGACAGGAUCAUCGAUACGCUGGUGACAUGAUCAUCGAUACCCGACAAAUAAAAAAUAUCUUGCUCUUUUGUCCAUAAUAAUCUCAUAAUGUAGGCUAUAUGUGCGCUCAAGCCAACAGCGUGCAGAUACAGUAUCUGUACACUGUUGGCUAGAGUGCACUUGCCAAUACCGGAUUGGGCACACUCGCUAUAUAAUUACACAUUUCAAUGUGAGAACCAUCAGUAGAGUUGAAAAUGCGAUGGAAACCCAAGUAACUUUUUAUUUAUUUGGUACAUGGGAAUUUAACCGCAAUAGGUAUUUUUAUCUGCACUACGUCAUCACGCAGACUUCUCUCCAAUUUCAUGGAAACAUCUCUGGUGGGAAAAUUUGCACAUUGUUUUUAUGCAGUUGCCAAUUGGAUGGAAACCUAGCUAUAGAGGAAAAUAAUUAUUUAGAUAAGGAAAAGUGACUUUUUCACAAAGUAGAGGCAUACAAAGACAUGUGGUACAGUGUGGAAACGAUAACAAAUAAGUGAAGCAAAUGCAGAAAUUGAUAAAUGCAGAAAUUAUUUUGGGUUGAAGUUUGAUUGAACAGUAUAAAACGAUCAGAAGAGAGAGACCCAUUAAAACCACUUAGAAUGUAUUUGUUUCCACCCUAGGGUCAUACACUACUCAUUAAGCAUAUUUAGAACUUUUAUUACAAAAAAUCAUAAACAGUCAUUCUGUAAAACAUGAGAAAAAUAUUGUUAUAUAUUUUUAAUGUUUUUAACAGAUAUUUUGAUUUCAUCCAUAGCCACUUGUUAUGAUACUCAGAAAUUGGCGAUUGAGCUAAUUUGACAUACCGGUAAGACCUAAAAUGGCCACCGAUAUGUGCGAUAUUAGCCCAUUCAUUGACCUUAAUGUUAAACAUAUGCCGUCUAUUUAUUAACCUAUUUAUACGCGUUGUUUGCGAUACGGUUCUGGAAAUAUUUGGAACUUUUAUACCAGCGAGAAAUACUUUUCAAAAAACAAAAUAUUCAAUUACUCAGUUCUAGGCUUGGGUGAUAUACUGUUUAUACCAUAUACUUUUUUUGGGGUGGGGGGUGGGACACCCUCGCCUCACGGUGGGCUGCGGGGGGGUGUGCUACGCCACUGCUUAUAACUAUAAGUUAAAUAUAACUAUAAGAAAUCUAAGAUGCAUUAAAUAAAUUAUAUCCAGCUCAGGGCUCCAGCUAUGCAUUUGGUUUGCUAACUUGCUAGCUAAGUGGCUAGAUGUCAAGAUCAAGCUUAUUGGUUACAGCAGAGACAUUCAAACCCUCCUGGAUCAAGAUCCCUGUUGCCUAAAUUGUUUAGUGUGUCCCCAAAAAAUUACGCCCCUUGUGUGCACAUUCGAUAAUACCGUAUACCCCGGUAUGGUACAGAAACGGAAUGACGGUAUGAAAAUCUGGAUACCACCCAUCCCGACUCAGUUCCAAUUGCAUCUGAAAGAUGAGACUCCGACCUGGUAUAGAGACAUUGACUGGAAGCUAAAUAUGUAUUUAAAUGUUUUAGUUAUGUGAGUUAUAUUGGCUGCCACACCGCCCAAGGGCCAAAUCUGAUUACAUUAGUUUUUUUUGUUUGUCGGAAUCUAGUUGCUUGACAAAGUCCCAAAAUUUCAGAAGGAUAAAAAAACAAACCCUGUUGGCACUUUUAGGGUUAAUGGUGAUAUAAUAACACACCAUGAUCCAACCUACAUGAUUCUCCGUGUAGUCUAGGUGUGCAAAUCUCUUUCAUGUUCUCCCCUCCAGUAGUGGGAGCAGUAGAGGGCGGACAGCACCAUGAACGGACAGCUGGACCUGAGCGGCAAACUGAUCAUCAAGGCCCAGUUGGGCGAUGACAUCAGACGCAUACCCAUCCACAACGAGGACAUCACCUAUGACGAGUUGGUGCUGAUGAUGCAGCGCGUCUUCAGGGGCAAGCUGCAGAGCAACGACGAGGUCACCAUCAAAUACAAGGACGAGGGUAAGCUGGGCCGUUCUAGACAAGCACUGGAUUAAGAUGUAUUAUCACAAUAGUGUUUUAGCUAGAUGUCAUCUGACCCCUCAACAUUUAGCUGUUUCCUGCUGGUAAUGGAAACAGAGGUUCUCUUUCAAACACUUGAGAAUGCAUACCCCCAUCCUCUCCUUUUUAGAGUAAUCAUCAGUCAUAAGAGUAGAGGUUACACAUGUGAGGGUUAUACAGGUUUCACCUAUUCAGCCAUUUCAGGAUAGCCAUUAUCUCAAGAAAUGGUGGAAAUAAGGAUUGGAAUGUGGCCUGAUUCUGAUUUGGGUCCUAAUGGUGUUCUCUGCUCUCUUCUCUUCCUGCAGAUGAUGACCUCAUUACUAUUUUCGACAGCUCGGAUCUCUCCUUUGCCAUCCAGUGCAGUAGGAUACUGAAACUCACUCUGUUUGGUAAGAUAUUACCAUACACAUACCUACCCAGCCCUUCCUUUUUUAGUAUAGGCCUACAGUGGGGAGAACAAGUAUUUGAUACACUGCCAAUUUUGCAGGUUUUCCUACUUACAAAGCAUGUAGAGGUCUGUAAUUUUUAUCAUAGGUACACUUCAAUUGUGAGAGACUGAAUCUAGAAAAAAAAAAAAUCCAGAAAAUCACAUUGUAUGAUUUUUAAGUAAUUAAUUUGCAUUUUAUUGCAUGACAUAAGUAUUUGAUCACCUACCAACCAGUAAUAAUUCCGGCUCUCACAGACCUGUUAGUUUUUCUUUAAGAAGCCCUCCUGUUCUCCACUCAUUAACUGUAUUAACUGCACCUGUUUGAACUCGUUACCUGUAUAAAAGACACCUGUCCACACACUCAAUCAAACAGACUCCAACCUUUCCACAAUGGCCAAGACCAGAGAGCUGUGUAAGGACAUCAGGGAUAAAAUUGAAGACCUGCACAAGGCUGGGAUGGGCUACAGGACAAUAGGCAAGCAUCUUGGUGAGAAGGCAACAACUGUUGGCGCAAUUAUUAGAAAAUGGAAGAAGUUCAAGAUGACGGUCAAUCACCCUCGGUCUGGGGCUCCAUGCAAGAUCUCACCUCGUGGGACAUCAAUGAUCAUGAGGAAGGUGAGGGAUCAGCCCAGAACUACACGGCAGGACCUGGCAAUGACCUGAAGAGAGCUGGGACCACAGUCUCAAAGAAAACCAUUAGUAACACACUACGCCGUCAUGGAUUAAAAUCCUGCAGCGCACGCAAGGACCCCCUGCUCAAGCCAGCGCAUGUCCAGGCCCGUCUGAUGUUUGCCAAUGACCAUCUGGAUGAUCCAGAGGAGGAAUGGGAGAAGGUCAUGUGGUCUGAUGAGACAAAAAUAGAGCUUUUUGGUCUAAACUCCACUCGCCGUGUUUGGAGGAAGAAGGAUGAGUACAACCCCAAGAACACCAUCCCAACCGUGAAGCAUGGAGGUGGAAACAUCAUUCUUUGGGUAUGCUUUUUUGCAAAGGGGACAGGACGACUGCACCGUAUUGAGGGGAGGAUGGAUGGGGCCAUGUAUCGCGAGAUCUUGGCCAACAACCUCCUUCCCUCAGUAAGAGCAUUGAAGAUGGGUCGUGGCUGGGUCUUCCAGCAUGACAACGACCCGAAACACACAGCCAGGGCAACUAAGGAGUGGCUCCGUAAGAAGCAUCUCAAGGUUCUGGAGUGGCCUAGCCAGUCUCCAGACCUGAACCCAAUAGAAAAUCUUUGGAGGGAGCUGAAAGUCCGUAUUGCCCCGAAACCUGAAGGUCUGUAUGGAGGAGUGGGCCAAAAUCCCUGCUGCAGUGUGUGCAAACCUGGUCAAGACUUAAAGGAAACGUAUGAUAUCUGUAAUUGCAAAUAAAGGUUUCUGUACCAAAUAUUAAGUUCUGCUUUUCUGAUGUAUCAAAUACUUAUGUCAUGCAAUAAAAUGCAGAUUAAUUACUUAAAAAUCAUACAAUGUGAUUUUCUGGAUUUUCCGUCUCUCACAGUUGAAGUGUACCUAUGAUCAAAAUUACAGACCUCUACAUGCUUUGUAAGUAGGAAAACCUGCAAAAUCGGCAGUGUAUCAAAUACUUGUUCUCCCCACUGUAUGUGCUGCUGUGCCAAGCACGCCCAUCUUGGAAUAAUCAAACAAACUUGAUUUGUCCCAUUAAAAAAUUUAAAGUAGGUUUAUUCUGGUUAUUCUAGUCUUUGUUAUGGUACUGUAGUAUAAAGAACGUAUAUCCUUUGUAUCAACUUGAAUACUCAUGUUCCGUUCCAACGGCCCCUUCUCCAAUAGUUUUAAGGUUCAUGUACAUUAACAUGCCACUGGGAGGCAGUCUAGUCUCAUAUUUUGACAUUGAACCCGACACUCCUACUUCGACCCCCUUGACACUCAUUCUCUCCUGCUGUUAUCGUCCCAAAGUCGGUGUCUCUGUGCUGCUGCUUGGGAAGUAGAGGCACCAAGCUAUACUUGUGAAAUAGUCUCUUUUCAAAUGUCCCUCCUCAGAAGUCAAGCUCCAGCUUGGGUUCCAUGGUUGGGUGUCAACCCAUUUUCAGAGAGUUUUAAGAGUGUGUUCUGCAAAGGAUGAUCGAUGGACUGACGAUGGCUUUUGUUUUUAAACAGAACACUCUGUUGGCCAAAGGGAGAGUUACUAGUUAUGCUGGCUUUACUGCUUUAGGCCUAAUCAUCAUGAUGCCCUCGUGAGUGUGUGAAAGACUUCAGCUGUGUGUCCAUUGCACAGUAUUGUACUCUGUCCAGGUGUUAUGGAUCCGCCUUUGUUUCACAGUGCAGAUGUCAGAUAUGCGUUACCGUUUACACACACACACACACACCUCUCCUCCCUCUCAUCUCCAAUGCUGUCAGACCUCAUUAUGUCAUUUCCUGUGCUCUGCUCCCAAUUACACUGCAGCACAGCAUCUCUGAGCUGUCCCUGCUAUUAUUAGAUAGGGAGUGGCAGAAAGAAAGAAAGACAGAAUGAAGGAGAAGAAAAUAAAUGUUUUUGGGUAUAUUUUUUUACUCCAUCCCGGGACUUUAGUGCCAAGGCCCGGUGCGUCAGCACGUGCCGCAGCCGUGACCUCGCAUGGAGCCCAUAUUUCCAGACGUUUGCCAGGAUUGGGAGCAGGAGGGAAGAGUCGGAUCAUCCCGGUGGUCCGUGUCUCUAUACAGGAUCUUCUUCUGACCCCCUGGGUCUCUGCUAAAUUUUACACUCACACAGGAAUCUGGAAUUCUGUCUGUAUAAUUCCCUUAGCGUUAGCGGAAUUCCGAAGGAUUUCCACUCUCGUAUUUGAGAUUUGGUGGUCUCCUGUAGUGUGUUGGAAAGUGCUCAUCUCUGUCUGUACUAGUCGUGGUCCAGGAGUUGAGUCAUCUCAAAUUAUACCCUGUUUCCCAUAUAAAUAAUAAUAAUAAUUUGGUGGGUGCUUAUAAUUGUCCUAUUUCUCAAGUGUACAAGUGUGUAUUAAUAGACAUGUGUGACUUGGAUGUUUUUUUGUUGUUGUUGCAUAUCCCACUCUCCCUGAGACACCCUCGGAGAGUGUGCUCACGGCCAGGGUUUGCCAUUAUCAACGGUGACCCUGGAGCAAUUAGGGUUAAGUGCCUUACUUAAGGGCACAUCGACAGAUUUUUCGCAUGACCUGGAUGGAUAUGUCUGGUCUAAACAUAUCUGACCUCAUGUCAAUAUCAGAGUAGUUAAUUUAUGGUUUUGCCUAAGAACACAGGGUAUAUACUACAGAUAGAUGGGGCUAACAACUGUGUUAUAUAGUGGUGGUAUUUAAUGGAGACUUGACUCCACAUUUUCUGUGCUUUGACCUCUGACCCUGUGUUGUGGUGGUACCAGGGGACUACUACUCCUCUUUGAGCCUGCAGGUGUCUGGGGCUCCAUGUCUAAGAAAUGGCCCUAGUGUCUGUCUAUCUGUCUGCAGUCUACCCCCUUAUGACCCGCCUCUAACAGGACAGGUGCACUGCAUAAACACACACAUAAAUAACAGAAUACAUGGACAGUUAUUUGAGAGAUUGAGUGUGUGGAUGUUGCUGAGGGCUGUUGUGUCCAAACCACAGGAUUCCUCACUGGCAAGAAGCUUACAGAUCUCUCCCAUGCUGGGAGUCCCCCCCCACACACACACACAAACACACACACCUGCAGGCAUGCUGACUUAUCAGACUGCAAAUGUGUAUAUGUGUAACAGAAGUUCUGUGUUUACUAAAGACCAUGACAUAGCCUACUUUUGAUUUUAACGGGACAGUGUUUAUGAGAGAGGUGGGGACUAAUAAUAAUAUAAUAGUAAUAAUGUUUGUUCGGUUGCCAUGUUGUUCCUGGCUCCAUAGCUGAACAUCACGGUCUGUUAAUCCUACUUACCCUGAACAGGCCUGCUGCUCGGUUCCUAGCUCGUUUGAUCUGGUCUGGACCCCAACCCCAGGUCUGGUUUCAUCUAGUUUGGUCUAGUCUGGAAUGGACUGUUAACUCACGCAGGACCAUAAGGAAUGUACAGACCUCAAGACUCAUCUGUUCCAGUGAUCAGGAGGGCUGUCUGGGAGAGAUUACUCCAUCACUGUCUUCCAUGGCUCUGGAGUGCUGCAGUGUGGAUGGAGAGAGAUUACUUGUGGAAGUGGUCCCCCCCCCCUUCACCCUCACCUCCUUCUCCCACAUCUUGAAGAUCCAUAUCGCGGCACCACAUUCAGUAUUUGAAAUGUAAUGACGUUGAAAUAUCGUCUCACUCUUUCUCUUCACACUCUUUCCCCAAAAUCUCUCCCUCUCUCUCUCUCUCUCCCCUCUCUCCCCCCGACAGUGAAUGGUCAGCCAAGGCCUCUGGAGUCCAGUCAGGUGAAGUACCUGCGCAGGGAGCUCAUUGAGCUCAGGAACAAAGUCAACAGUCUUCUGGACAGCCUGGAGCCCCCCUCAGAACCUGGCCUGGCUGCAUCAGCACCAGACCAGGGUACGUACACACACACACACACCCCUAUCUGAUUGUGAGUGUGAAGUGUGUUUAAUUUAAUAAAAUACAGACAUGCACACAUCUAGCAUAUUUGUUAUGUAACUUUAUGAAAUACCAAUAGCUACAGGCCGGUUGUUUUUAUCAGUUCAUUAAUCUCUCUCUGAAAGAGAUGAUUUGUCCUCCUUCCAAAAACAUCCGUCACUUCUAAUCCAGUGGACCAAUCACAUUCCACACCUGCCCCAUGUUUUGUGCCAGGGGCGGUUUCCCAGGAUGGUUUGCAUCAACGUUGUUAGCUAGCUGGUGUGUGGCGGACGGCAACAGGUGGAUUUGUUUAUCCGAGACGUAGGGGAGAGAAGUGUGUAAAAGUGUUUUUACAAGGUGUUUCCUUUGCUGUGGUAACACCCUUAACCCAGGGUUUAGGAUAAUAUUACACCCGUUAAAGCCCCUCGUAACCCCUAUUUACGCAGUGGUUUGAUGGUUCAAUGAUUAACGACAAUGGAACUAUUUAUGAUCAACUCUCUCUGCCUCAAACUGACUUCUCUGUUUAGUAUGUGUGUUUGGCUGCUUCUCUAGCAUCUUUGUCCAUGUCUUUUUUGUGAUUGUGUGUAUAUUGGUGUGUUGACAAGUGUCGCUCUCUUUUUCCUCUUUCUCUCCCUCGCCUUCUCUCCUACCCUCCACGCCCUCUCUCCUCCAGACUUGGUGGAUGGGCAUGAGGGGAGGGCGGUGGCAGCAGAGGCAGCGGUGAAGCAGGCCCCGGUCCCGGUCAGUGCGGCCAGCAUGUCGGCCUUCGACCCCCUGAAGAACCAGGGCGAGGUCAGCAAGAACGUAAUCUCCGCCUUCGGCCUGAGUGAGGACCAGAUCCCUGGUAAGGCCAUCGUUGCCUUGCAAUUUAUUUUUUUUGCUUUAUGUUUGUGCUCUCUAUACAGUCUUCUGACUACAUUGUUGUCAUAUACCUUACCCUCACUCUCCACCCUGUUUUAUUUUUCACAUACCCCUUUCUCUGUCUCUCUCCUCUCCUCUCUCUCUAGCCCCCCCAGGUGUCUUGGCUGAGGAGCGGUCAGGUACUCCAGACAGCAUUGCCUCAUCCUCGUCUGCCGCCCCCCAGCCCGGAGUGCCCCCCCAGCCACAGGCCCCCUACACAGGGGUGCAGCAGGGACCCCCAGCAGCCAUGGAUGGUUAGGAACACACACACACACACACACACACAAAACACACAGUGUAAAUUACCAUGAAACUCACACGCAGACAGACCAUAGCUCUGCAUGAGUGAAUAUAUGUAGGAAACUGAGUAAUCUGAGGAAUUGUGCAGUAGGAGAGUACAACACCUGUGGUGUCUGUAAAUACAGAGGGUUUAAUGGCUGUUUAUGUCCCUGGAAACACAAAUCACAUAACCAUGAAAACUUAAGUGUGUAUAGAGGGGGGGUGUAAUAGCUGUUUAUGACCUCUGAGAGGGAGAGAUUAUCAGUGUGGGUGGUUUAGCACCUUAAAAUACCUGGGCUCCACUGAGACCCCUAAAAAGUGUUAUGUGUUUGCGUGCGUUGACUCUGUUGCUUUGUCUUGUCAAAACAGGAGAAUGAAUUUAGGCCAAGACAGUUACCCCAGGUCAGUUUGUGCUUUAAACUGAUCCUAGACCUGUGCAGUGCCUAAGGGCAGCCUUGACCCAGUCAGUGUGUUGUGGAACACUUCUCUGGCGUGGCAGCAUUGGGCCGUUCUGCUCCAGUAGUGUUGUCACUACUCCCAGUCCCUACCACAGUUGUUUUUUUGCUCUAUUUUCGCCUCCACACUACAGACAUUUAUAACUUUAUGGGUGAGCCAGUUUCACAAUGCCAUUGAUGCAGAAGAACUCCAUCUAACUCGGUGAUGGCUAGAUAUUGCACUUGGAUUGGCCAGUUCUCCAGUCCUGAAUCCAGUACAGUAUUUUUACUCUCUCUGCAUGCUGUGAUUUAGUGAAUAAUGUAUCAGUAACAUAAGACCGUAUGUAAGCACAUUUUUUGAUUUAAUGAGGAAUUCCAUGUUCUUAUCACAGAUAAACAGUGUAUUCAUGAUCUUGGCAUCCAUCUUAGUCAACCAGACAACUCUUCUUGUAGCAUCCCCUCCUCCUGCUAUCUGCACUCCUCCAUGAACACCCUGUAGUUCUUGAAAAAUGGGAUGUCAACAGUCUCCGGACCCGGCUAACGGAGGGACGAAUAAACGAGGGAUCAAAUCAGACCGAGGUGGAGAAAUAAAAAUAAAAAGCCGUCGUCCCUCUGUAGUCUCUAGUUGGAAGCCACUUUGGGGUCGUGUUUAAGGGAAAUGGUUUUUCGUGUUAAUCCUGCCUUUCCGACCAGGCCGGUACUUCCCUGAGCUUUUCCUCUAGGACGUACUGGGUAUUCCCAUAAUGGUGGUGUUCUGGAAUCAACACAGAGGUAUGCUCUCCUGGUGAGUUAACUCUCUUACCAGAUGACUGUGUGUGUGCUAGGGUUUUGCAUCUCAGUAUAUGAGACGGACAGACACAGGAAGGGAGGGGACAGAGGAAAAUGUUGCUAAUCAGUCUUCUUAUUUAGCUAGUUCGUUAUUUUGGAUGUGAUGUUUUGUCAUUGGCAGGCCCAUUUUCUUUACUCUUGUGGCGCUCCGUAGCCUCCAUCUCUGGAGACGUAUCCGUUUUCACCCAGAAAGACCCACAAGCAGCAUGCAGACAACCACACCACGGGAGCCAAACCACAGCUGGAACACACACAUACGGUAGGCUCGUUGAGCUGUGACUCAGAGGAACCAUACCAGCACCUCCAAACCACACCUGGAACACCGAGACUGCGGUUCCACAUGUUCAUGGUUUGACCGUGUUCCCCAGGCCAGUUAUGUGGUUUUGGCUCGGUCAGUGUUCAUGCUUCUCCAAGGGGUUGGGGUUGAGUUUAGCAGAGCCAAGACACCCAUAGGAGUCUUAAGUUACACAGUCAUUCUUCCUUAGUUCUUACUUAUACAACUCAGUGAUUCACUAUAAAUUCAGACCCUUGCACUUUGUGCUGGUCGCUAGUUUUCGUUUGUCCAUCAAUGACCGCAUGGCCAUAUAAUGGUCAUUGGCAGUUACUAGGUUCAGUGUGACCUCGCUUACCGUGCAGUUGGCUGGCCUUUUAGAUGUUGAGUCCAACCCUGACAUGGCAGAGCAUCUUCUGGCCGUCCUCAUGGGUUCAUCCUCCACUUCUCUUCCCUCUGCUCAUCCCUCCAUCCGGUCCUCCCUCUCUCCCAGACUUCCAAGGAGGAGAGAGGCUCUGGGCUGCAGCUGGUGGGCAGACAGCCUCGUCGGGCUGCAUGGACAUGUUUUUCCCAACACUCCAAUGGUGUGCCUGAUGAUCCUUUCAUCCCCAAACGUUCCCUUGAGUGCCUGGGUUAUAGAUAAACAAAGACAACACAAUGGAGACUAUUAUUGUUGACCAGGAAUAGCCUCCAAGGAACAGUGCGCUUCUGCCAACAUGUUGGGAAUUAACACGUUGAUUUAAGGGUGUGUUGCAUUGGGAAUAUGCACAGAGGACUUCUUCAGAAAGUCAACGUGGACACAGGUCAUGUCCUUUGGGGUUAGAUGGCCAGAUAGCUCCCUCUUUUUCUCUGACAACGCGUGGUUUGUUUGUGUAUACACGCAAACAUGACAUUAACAAGAUCCAUAAGCAGAAGAUGUAUAGUGGCUCUCUUUCAUAUAUCAGACGAUGAUCAACCAUAGAGGUAGGAGUGUUCUGUGGGUGAGAGAUGAUGAUCAACCAUGGAGGUGGGAGUGUUCUGUGGGUGAGAGACUGAUCAACCAUGGAGGUGGGAGUGUUCUGUGGGUGAGAGAUGAUGAUCAACCAUGGAGGUGGGAGUGUUCUGUGGGUGAGAGAGAAACCAACAGAGUUAUAGCACACGUGUUCACUCACCUCAGCACAGACUGUGAUGCUUUAUCAGACUACCCAUAUACUCUUGUUUCCUUUUUGAAAACAUCCCUAAAAGUCUAAAGAAACUACGGUCAAGCAAUAACAUUCCAGAUAAUCAUUUUUCCAGCUGUGUUCUGUUCAGUUGAAGGGAUACAUGUGCAGGCAGCCGGUCUCUCCAUAGAGCCCCAGUGAUUUCUCUUUCCUUUGGGAUUUUAAUUUACUGAGCAGAGAUCAGAGAUGAAGUCCUCUGGCCAAUGAGGCCUGACGGCAGCCCCAUCCAUCCCUCCAUCACAUUAUGUAAUACACAUGAUGGAUAGCAGGCAGGAGACCAAGACAGCCAACACACACACACACACAGAUUGUCAUUCUCACUGGAGCACCAUUGUGCUCACAUUACAGGGCUUGACAGUGGUAUUACAGCUGUUGUCCCCCUUCAUUAUAGGCUCAAUAACCCGUGAACCUUAGGCUAAGACUGUCCUGUUGUAACUGAUUGUUGAAGUAACUGAUUUUAACUGUUGACAUUUUUCAUAGAUGUUGUCCCAUAGAGCAAUAUAUCCGGUUUCAUCAUAUAGGCUUUUCACAAUUUGCAUCAUGUUAAUUGAGUGAAAAGAAAUGGUGGAGGAAUGAAACGUGGUUCAUUCAUCUGGUCCAGACCUGGGUCAAAAUGAAGAACACCUAAAGUAUACUGAACAAAAAUAUAAACGCAACAUGUAAAGUGUUUCAUGAGCUGAAAUAAAAGAUACCAGAAAUGUUCCAUACUCACAAAAAGCUUAUUCCUCUCAAAUUUUGGGCACAAUUUUGUUUACAUCCCUGUUAGUGAGCAUUUCUACUUUGCCUAGAUAAUCCAUUCACCUGACAGGUGUGGCAUAUCAAGAAGCUGAUUAAACAGCGUGAUCAUUACACAGGUGCACCUUGUUCUGGGGACAAUAAAAGGCAUUCUAAAAUGUGCAGUUUUGACACAACACAAUGCCACAGAUGUCUCAAGUUGAGGGAGCAUGCAAUUGGCAUGUCCAACAGAGCUGUUGCCAGAUAAUUGAAUGUUCAUUUCUCUACCAUAAGCCGCCUCAAACUUUGUUUUAGAGAAUUUGGCUGUAUGUUCAACCAGCCUCACAACCGCAGACAACGUGUAACCACGCCAGCCCAGGACCUUCCAUCCGGCUUCUUCACCUACGGGUUCGUCUGAGACCAGCCACCCGGACAGCUGAAGAAACUGUUGGUUUGGACAACUGAAGAAUUUCUGCACAAACUGUCAGAAACCGUCUCAGUGAAGCUCAUCUGCAUGCUAGUUGUCCUCACCAGGUUCUUGACCUGACUGCAGUUCAGCGUCGUAACCGACUUCAGUGGGCAAAUGCUCACCUUCGAUGGGCACUGGUACACUGGAGAAGUGUGCUCUUUACAGAUGAAUCCCGGUUUCAACUGUACCGGUCAGAUGGCAGACCGAGUGUAUGGCGUUGUUUGGGCGAGCGGUUUGCUGAUGUCAACGUUGUGAACAGUGCCCCAUGGUGGCGGUGGGGUUAUGGUAUGGGAAGGUAUAAGCUACGGACAACAAACACAAUUGCAUUUUUUCGAUGGCAAUUUGAAUGCACAGAGAUACCGUGACGGCAUCCUGAGGCCCAUUGUUUUGCCAUUCAUCCGCCGCCAUCACCUCAUGUUUCAGCAUAAUGCACGGCCUCGUGCAUUAUGCAUGGGAGAUGUGUCGCGCUGCAUGAGGCAAAUGGUGGUCACACAAGAUACUGACUGGUUUUCUGAUCCACCCCCCUACCUUUUUUUUUUUUUUUUAAAGCUCUGUGACCAACCGAUGCGUAUUUGUAUUCCCAGAUUAGGGCCUAAUGCAUUUAUUUCAAUUGACUGCUUUCAUUUUCCUUAUGUGAACUGUAACUCAGUAAAAUCUUAGAAAUUGUUGCAUGUUACAUUUAUAUUUUUGUUCAGUGUAGUAAUACAAUGCGUUAACAGAAAUUAUUGUAACCAGAUUACAUUUACAUUACAUUUUAGUCAUUUAGCAGACGCUCUUAUCCAGAGCGACUUACAGGAGCGAUUAGGGUUAAGUGCCUUGCUUAAGGGCAAAUCGACAGACUUCUCACCUAGUCGGCUCGGGGAUUAGAACCAGCGACCUUUCGGUUACUGGCACAACGCUCUUACCCACUAAGCUACCUGCCGCCCAGAUGACUGAGAUUAACGGUAUAUUUACUACUAGUGAAAUGGUCCAAGUGUCCAGGAGCCAAAGACACAAUCCUAGUUGUUGCAUCUUUAGAUUCACCCUCUUUCCACGUUUCUAACAGAGAUUUUCCUCUUUGUCAUAUACUGCUGGCAUCAGGUGCGGUGUUUAGAAUGGUGUUUUCCUGUGAAUAGAAUUUUGGCAAAUGUUUGUAAAUUACGUUUUAUUGGCUGCGUCAUUACAGGAGUUGCAUGUUCUGUUAAGAUUCAUUACCAUUAUCGAAAUGUGGUUUCUGUCAUUCUGAGCACCGUGGGUGGAUGCCCUAAUGGGUUACGCACCCAAUGCAUAUGGGUCUGGUAAAUUUCUCAAAUGGCCGGUAAAUUUAAAAUCUUCCCGAUCACGUUGUCAGGCACCACGUAAUUUUUUUUACGGAAACCCAGGUGUAUGUGGUGGAGCUGACCAAUAUUGAAGAAAAAAAACAUAUCAUGAUAAAUUGACAGAAUUAUAACAAUAAAUUGAACGAAAAAUGUAUAACCUUGAUGUGCACAACUAUUUUUUUUAUAUUACCCCUUAAAACUACUACUCUAAAUGUUACUCUAGUAGGGCCUUAUAGGUUAUUUAUCGUAAUGAACAGUGUGUUCAUGUACAGUACCAGUCAAAAGUUUGGACACACCUACUCAUUCAAGGAUUUUUCUUUAUUUUUACUAUUUUCUACAUUGUAGAAUAAUAGUGAAGACAUCAAAACUAUGAACUAACACACAUGGAAUCAUGUAAUAACUCAGUGUUAAACAAAUCAAAAUAUAUUUUAUAUUUGAGACUCUUCGAAGUAGCCACCCUUUGCUUUGAUGACAGCGUUGCACACUCUUGGCAUUCUCUCAACCAGCUUCAUGGGGAAUGCUUUUCCAACAGUCUUGAAGGAGUUCCCACAUAUGCUGAGCACUUGUAGGCUGCUUUUCCUUCACUCUGUGGUCCAACUCAUCCCAAACCAUCUCAAUUGGGUUGAGGUCAGGUGAUCUGAUGCAGCACUCCAUCUCUCUCCUUCUUGGUGAAAUAGCCCUUACACAGCCUGGAGGUGUGUUUAGGGUCAUUGUCCUGUUGAAAAACAAAUGCUAGGCCCACUAAGCGCAAACCAGAUGGGAUGGCGUAUCGCUGCAGAAUGCUGUGGUAGCCAUGCUGGUUAAGUGUGCCUUGAAUUCUAAAAAUAUCACACAGUGUCACCAGCAAAGCACCAUCACACCUCCUCCUCCAUGCAUCACGGUGGGAACCACACAUGCAGAGAUCAUCCGUUCACCUACUCCGCGUCUCACAAAGACACAGCGGUUGGAACCAAAAAUAUCAAAUUUGGACUCAUCAGACCAAAGGACAGAUUUCCACCGGUCUAAUGUCCAUUGCUCAUGUUUCUUGGCCCAAGCAAGUCUCUUCUUAUUAUUGGUGUCCUUUAGUAGUGGUUUCUUUGUAGCAAUUCGACCAUGAAGGCCUGAUUCACGCAGUCUCCUCUGAACAGUUGAUGUUGAGAUGUCUGUUACUUGAACUCUGAAGCAUUUAAACUCAGCAAAAAAAGAAACGUCCCCUUUUCCAGGACCCUGUCUUUCAAAGAUAAUUUGUAAAAAUUCAAAUGACUUCACAGAUCUUCAUUGUAAAGGGUUUAAAGACUGUUUCCCAUGCUUGUUCAAUGAACCAUAAACAAUUGAUGAACAUGCACCUGUGGAAUGGUCGUUAAGACACUAACAGCUUACAGACGGUACGCAAUUAAGGUCACAGUUAUGAAAACUUAGGACACUAAAGAGGCCUUUCUACUGACUCUGAAAAACACCAAAAGAAAGAUGCCCAGGGUCCCUGCUCAUCUGCGUGAACGUGCCUUAGGCAUACUGCAAGGAGGCAUGAGGACUGCAGAUGUGGCCAGGGCAAUACAUUGCAAUGUCUGUACUGUGAGAUGCCUAAGACAGCGCUACAGGACGGACAGCUGAUCGUCCUCGCCGUGUCAGAACACGUGUAACAACACCUGCACAGGAUUGGUACAUCCGAACAUCACACCUGCGGGACAGGUACAGGAUGGCAACAACAACUGCCCGAGUUACACCAGGAACGCACAAUCCCUCCAUCAGUGCUCAGACUUUCCGCAAUAGGCUGAGAGAGGCUGGACUGAGGGCUUGUAGGCCUGUUGUAAGGCAGGUGCUCACCAGACAUCACCGGCAACAACGUCGCCUAUGGGCACAAACCCACCGUCGCUGGACCAGACAGGACUGGCAAAAAGUGCUCUUCACUGACGAGUCACGGUUUUGUCUCACCAGGGGUAAUGGUCGGAUUCACGUUUAUCGUCGAAGGAAUGAGCGUUACACCGAGGCCUGUACUCUGGAGCGGGAUCGAUUUGGAGGUGGAGGGUCUGUCAUGGUCUGGGGCGGUGUGUCACAGCAUCAUCGGACUGAGCUUGUUGUCAUUGCAGGCAAUCUCAAUGCUGUGCGUUACAGGGAAGACAUCCUCCUCCCUCAUGUGGUACCCUUCCUGCAGGCUCAUCCUGACAUGACCCUCCAGCAUGACAUUGCCACCAGCCAUACUGCUCGUUCUAUGCGUGAUUUCCUGCAAGAUAGGAAUGUUAGUGUUCUGCCGUGGCCAGCGAAGAGCCCGGAUCUCAAUCCCAUUGAGCACGUCUGGGACCUGUUGGAUCGGAGGGUGAGGACUAGGGCCAUUCCCCCCCAGAAAUGUCCGGGAACUUGCAGGUGCCUUGGUGGAAGAGUGGGGUAACAUCUCACAGCAAGAACUGGCAAGUCUGGUGCAGUCCAUGAGGAGGAGAUGCACUGCAGUACUUAAUGCAGCUGGUGGCCACACCAGAAACUGACUGUUACUUUUGAUUUUGACCCCCCCUUUGUUCAGGAACAUAUUAUUCCAUUUCUAUUAGUCACAUGUCUGUGGAACUUGUUCAGUUUAUGUCUCAGUUGUUGAAUCUUGUUAUGUUCAUACAAAUAUUUAAACAUGUUAAGUUUGCUGAAAAUAAACGCAGUUGACAGUGAGAGGACGUUUUCUUUUUUUGCUGAGUUUAUUUGGGCAGCAAUCUGAGGCUGGUAACUAAUGAACUUAUCCUCUGCAGUAGUAACUCUGGUUCUUCCUUUCCUGUGGCGGUCCUCAUGAGAGCCAGUUUCAUCAUAGCGCUUGAUGGUUUUUGCAUCUGCACUUGAAGAAGCUUUCAAAGUUCUUGAAAUUGACUGACCUUCAUGUCUUAAUGUAAUGAUGGAUUGUCGUUUCUCUUUGCUUAUUUGAGCUGUUCUUGCCAUAAUAUGGACUUUUACCAAAUAGGGAUAUAUUCUGCAUACCAGCCCUACCUUGUUACAACACAACUGAUUGGCUCAAACGCAUUAAGACGGAAAGAAAUUCCACACAUUAGCUUUUGACAAAGCACACCUGUUAAUUGAAAUGCAUUCCAGGUGACUACCUCAUGAAGCUGAUUGAGAAAAUGCCAAGAUUGUGCAAAGCUGUCAUUAAAGCAAAGGGUGGCUACUUUAAAGAAUCUCAAAUAUAAAAUAUAUUUUGAUUUGUUUAACACUUUUUUGGUUACUACAUGAUUCACUAUGUGUUAUUUCAUAGUUUUGAUGUCUUCACUAUUAUUCUACAGUGUAGAAAAUAAAGAAACAUCUUUGAAUGAGUAGGUGUCCAAACUGACUGGUACUGUAUGUGUGCACUUUUUAUGUGUAUCUUUCUGCCAUUGUGUGUGUGUGUGUGUAUAUAUUUUGUGUGUGAUUUUGCCGUGAACUAUUACAUAAAUGACUGUUUCAUUAGCCUACUGAUAGCCUAGCACCAAUCUCCCUGCAGAAUUUCUUAGAACUAUGUCUAGGUCCUAUUCCCUCAAAAAAGGAGUUCCACAGGGCUCUGUUACGGGCCCUCUCUAAGAGUGGAAAAUCAACGCUCCGCUUUAACUGGCACAUGAAAAACCAGUGAACCGUAAACCAGCCUUCCCUCAUUAUCCUUUUACUGUUUGUGUUUUUAAUAAGUCGUCGCCCUACUUUACACGCCAGGGGCUUUGGGAGUGCGAUACAGGCCUUGUAAAGAGAAUACACUGGUGGCCAACUCUUUACAUGUUUGCUGAACAUGGUGAGACUCACUGGAAACUUUAGUUGGCCAACGUUUUCAGUGUUUUGCGAGUGUAGUUUGCUUUUAUUUUCAGACACUCUUAAACCCACUCCUCAGUCCACGUUAUUAAGGAGACAUGCAAUUCUAGAGUUUCAAAAUGGGACAAGGACUACAUACACACCCAGUUAGACAUGAAGACCAGUGAGGUCAUGGCUAAUAAAAGCUGGGAGGAAAGUGGCUGUCUACUGACACAGACAGACCUUUUUAGACAGACGACACCCGCUUUGACCCAACACACACUGCUCUAUCCAAAUAAAUGUGUGUAAGAGCGAGCGAGGGAGUGAAAUUGUGUGUGUGUGUGUGUGUGUGUUUAGCUUGGAUCUGUACAGCUGACUGUAAUGUGCCAUAGAGUUGUCUGGGUGCAGGGCUUUGAGGAACCAAUCCUUUUUUUUAUUAUAGUGGUUGGAGCUGUUUGCACUAAGCCCAUCCUGUCUGAUUCUAGCCAGACGUGUGUGUGUGUGUGUGUGUGAGAGAUUUCCUUCCCCAGCAAUCAUACUGAUGUCUUCCAUCUCUCUCUUUCUUCUCCAGGUCAGAUGUACCAGCAGUACCAGGCCCCAGGUGGAUACCCACCCCAGCAGCCAGCACCACAGCAGCAGUAUGGCAUGCAGUACCCUGGUAAGACACACACUCAUUCCUCAUCACACUUUCCCUUAGAAAAGGUCCAAGAAGGACAGGCUAAUCUAAUAACAAUGGCCCAGAGCUUCACAGAAAUGAUGCUAUGAAUAAGAAAUUGAUCACAACUAAAAGUUAUACUCUACUUCUCCCCCCAACUCUCUCUCUCUCUCUCUCAGCAGGAUACACCCCCCAGCCUGGGGCCCCGCAGCCCGGUGGCCCUCAGCCCCAACAGUUCCAGAACUACCCUGCCCCAACCUCCCAGGCCCCCGCCCCUGGCCAGGCCCCAGCUCCCAGCUUCCAGGGAGGCCAACAGCAGGCUCCUCCAGCCCAGGGUGCCCAGCAGUACCCCCCAGGGGUCUUCCCUCCCCAAAACUACACCUCCCAGGCCAACCAGCCUGCCAACUACAGCCUGCCCCCCACCUCCCAGCCCCAGCCUGGCCAGGGGUACCUGCCCCGUCCCGGCUACACCCCUCCCCCCGGUAGCAAUGUCACCCCCCCUCCUGGGGUGUCCAACCCCUACGCCCGCAACCGGCCCCCCUUCGGCUCGGGUUAUGCCCAGCCUGGUCCCGGGUACCGGUAAAACAGGAGAAGGAACGGGGAAUGUUAUCUACCCACCCCUCCCCUGCGUGUCCUGGCUGUUAGGCUUGGGUUCGGUAAACAUGGUCUGCUAAUCUGUCCACCCCUCCUCUGUCAGUCCUCAGAUAUUGAAGAGUCUAUAUCCAAAACAAGCUACAACCCCUCAGUCUGAUCGUCUGUUUGUAUUCUGUCUCGACCCUUCACCACAAACACCAAUGUGUUAUGGCCCUGCUGUAUGAAAUACAAUGUACUCUAAUAGAGCUGGGACGAUAAACUGAAAAUGAUCGACACCGACCGUACUGACCAUUUAUCAAGGACAUUUUACUAAUAUCGAUAACCACAAUAAGUAGCCUAUAUUAGAGAAAAGUUUGAAAUGAAAUAAGUUUGCCUGUAUGGGCUAUUGCCAAUGUUACUUUUGAUAGUUACAACAUUUAAAGUUGUAGUAGUAGUUCUAAGGGUAUGGUGACAUACAGAAGUAGACUUACCGGUGCACAUUAAUGUUGAACUUAUCGUUCUAAUUAUCGUUAUGGUGAUAAUUCAGUCAAUUUAUCGUAAUAUGGAUUUGUGUCCAUAUCGCCCAGCUUUAGGCCCUACCCUCAUUCACCAGCCCUAUGUGUCUGUCAUCGUGAACAUGUAGUCAGUCUGUAAGCACACUCACCUGGAAAGACCUAAACAGGCUAGAGUAUGAAAGCAGUCUAUAUUAUUCUUUUCACACACUUUAUUUAGCUAGUCUGACAUCUGUAAUGCAUACAUGCAUCUGUAUACGCUGGUCAACAGAGAGGACGUUGAUUCAUAUUGCAUUUAACUGGCUGUUUUAAGAUAUACUGUAGUUUGCGGAAGCGCGUCUACAGAUGCAUGUAUGAGAGACUAGCGAAAUAGUGUUCAACCCUUUUUGUGUUUUUUGUUUGAUCACUCAUUUUCCUCACUGCCAUGUUGGUAUUAUGACGUGUCAUGGAAUCUGCCACUUGGUUGAGAACACUAGCCGCGUGUUGAAUUAUGGGAGGUGUAGUUUUGAUCCUCCAGAAGAAUCCUACCAUGUUUAGCCUCUUAAAUCACCUCAUUGUUUAUUGCUAUUGCUCUCUUUCUCUCUUCUCUUUUUUUCUCCUCACUGGUUUGUACUAAUAUCAAUCAGAAAUUCCAUCUUGAAGUGACAUUUAGUUGUUUAUGUAUAAACUAGCAUUUUCUCUGGAACCUAAUAAAGGCUUUGAAACCCA